AUGAACUUUCAUCUCCAUCAUCACUCCUUUGCCACUGUGGAUGCCUUGGUUUGUAGAUUGAUAUUCGAGAUAAGUAAGUUAUACAGUGCUCUGGCCAUGAAAAUAGGUGAAUAUGUUCUUCAAACCAUUAUGAUGGAAUCUUACCCAGAGAAGCUUGCGGUACUAAGGCAUCUUGGACAUUUUAGUAAUGAAGACAUUACUGUCGAUGAAGCUGAACUUCAAUGUCAUCAAAAGCUUCAAGAUCUGUACAUUUCUACUAAGGUGGCUAAGCAUUUGCAGCGUAACAUUGUCCGUGGCAUAGAAGAUUUUAUUGCAACAAGCACGAAGCUGAUAGAAAUAGCUAGGAAGUUGGCUGAUGAUUGUUGCAAGUAUAGAGCUGAAAAUGAAAAUACCGGUUCACCUCUUGCAAGAGCUGCCCUUUACUUUGGUAAGUCACAUAAAUCAAUGGAAGAUGAAAGGGAGGCCUUGCUUGGGAUCCUUGGUGAGAAGGUUUCUGAGCCACUACGUGCAUUAAUUAUGGGAGCUCCUUUAGAGAAUGCAAGGCAUUUGACCCACCGUUAUGACAGAUUCCAUCAAGAGGUUGAAGCUCAGGAUAUGCAUGAUUUAUUGUCAGCCAUUUUUUUUUUCACAAACAGGAAGCAGAAGUUUUGUGACGUAGAUCGAAGACCAGGGAAUCUGAUAUAUCUGCGGAAAGCUACAUGA